UAUUUCCAACACUACUUCUUGGCUUCACGCCCGCCAGUCAUUUGAUUCAUUUCCAUCCCUUAAUUUAAUAACCCUACACUACUGCCUCUCGUUUCUCUCUCUCUCUCAAGAAACUAAAACAACCCCUAAAAUUCCCCACCCAAAAUUUCCAAAAUAAAAAAUAAAAAAAACCAGAAAAAUGUGAGUGAACGAAUGAAUGAAUGACUCCAUGUGAGACAGAGCCUCCAGACCCACCCGCCAUAGCGUGAAGGGCCGUUUCCCGUCGUUUCCAGUCCCAAAAAACGACGUGACACGUCACCUCCACCGUCUGCUCCGUCCCCAACCCGGCAGAACCAAUGUCGGGUCAACCCGUGAUCCAGACCCUAACAUUCUGGCUCUCGGAGCACCCAUCCAUCGUCGGCUUCCGCUGGAGCCACGCCCACUCCUGGGGUUCUACGUGGUCCUUCCUCUUCACCGCCAUCGCCGUCUACCUCACCCUCUCCCUCUUCCUCCACUUCUCCCUCCUCGUCGUAAACCGGUCGGGUCGACCCGUCCCGCUCGGGCCCAUACCCGCCGUCCACAGCCUCGCCAUGGCCCUAAUCUCCUUCACCAUCUUCGCCGGCAUCACCCUUUCCUCCGCCGCCGAAAUCCGCGAGACCCGGUGGUUCUGGCGCCGCUCCAAAACUCCUUUCCAGUGGCUCCUAUGCUUCCCGCCGGGGGCCCCCCCCAGAUUCCCCCACAUGCUCCGCACAUUCUUCACGAUCCUACGACGUCGUAAGCUCGUCCCUUUCCAGCUCUUCAACCACUCGAUCUUGACCGUGAUAUCGUUCCUGUGGCUGGAGUUCUCUCAGUCGAUCCAGGUUCUGGCGAUACUGUUGACGACGCUCGUGUACUCGGUGGUGUACGGCUACAGGUUCUGGACGGCGGUGGGUCUGCCGAGCGCCUGCUUCCCGGUGGUCGUGAACUGCCAGAUUGCGCUGCUGGGCUGCAACGUUGCGUGCCACGUCGGUGUUCUGAUGCUACAUUUCAUGAGAGGCGGGUGCAAUGGGAUCGGGGUAUGGGUGUUCAAUUCGGUGUUGAAUGGGGUGAUUCUCUUGGCCUUUUUGAAUUUUUACGUCAGAAUUCAUCUGGGUUUUGAUAAAAAGGGAAGGACCCGCGGCGGCGAGAUUAAAUCUGUGGCUGGUGGCCGGUCUUGUUCUUCUGGGUUGGGAGGGAAGGACAAGGAGGGCAAGGAGCUUUGAUAGUGUGGGUUAGAGUGUAUGAUAGUUUUGGUGGGGUGGGGUUGGGGCUUGCCUUUUUAGAUUUUCUGUAAAAGGGUCUAUAAAGUUGAGUUAAUUAUGUAUACAUUUCUUUUGAUAAAUCAAAAAAAAUAAAAAAUAAUGUAUACAUUUACAAUGGAGGUAAAAGUAAAAGAUGAGAGUUCUCUCAUUAGAUUUU